AUGUUCAAGAAAGACAUAACCUCAGGCGCGAAAUCAAAGGUCAAAUCCAGCGCCCAACGCGCCAUCCGCUCAAAAGUCCUGGAGGAAUAUCCGAGAUUAGAACCGUAUAUUGAGGAUAUAUUGCCGAAGAAGGAGCAAUUAGAUUUGGUUAAGCUACCCGACCGCGUAUCCCUCUACACCCUGCACUCAACCCCCCUCUUCUUCCAACACAUGGACGACGCCCUCCUCCCGCACCUAACCCUCGUGCACAAAUACCCCUUCGCCUUCCACCGGCUACGCAUCGACCGGGGCGCCAUCCGCUUCGUGCUCUCCGGCGCGACCUUAAUGGCGCCCGGUCUAACAUCGCCGGGUGGCCGCUUACCAGGCACGGAGUUAAGUGACGAGGACAAAGAGGUGUAUGGGGCGGAGGAUCUGAAGGAAGGUGAAGUGGUGGUGAUUGAGGCAGAGGGAAAGGAGACGGCGUGUAUGGUGGGCGUGCUUAAGAUGGGGACGGAGGAGAUGAAGAAGGUUAAGAAGGGGCAGGCUUGUGAGGCGGGGCAUUAUUUGGGGGAUGGGCUUUGGGGGUUGAAGUUGGACUGA